UGGGGGGGGGGGUUGGGAGCGGCGCCUCCCGCACCCAUGGCUCAGCACGAGACCUACGGGAACUGGCUCGGGCCCCCCCCAGCGCCCCCCAAGCGCCUGGUGCGGGCAGCAGGAAUUUACUGCGGUGCCGGGAAGAUGAUGCCCGCGGGGGACUUCAGGCCGGGAUCCCCGGACAGCUUCGAGGACGACUACGAUGACGUAUCCCUGUCGGAACUGGAUCGUGGCCACAAGCCACCGGUGGCCAAUGAAGAUCUGCAGAGCCAGAGGAGCAAAGGAGGUACCAGGGUCUACAUCCUUGCAGGCAAACCAGCGUCUCCACAUCCUUCCCAAAAGGGAGAAGAGCCCAAGGGUGGAAAGGCACAGAGCAGCAGGGACACAUCCAUAGCCAUCCUCUAUGUUCUGGUGGUGCUGAGCUUUGUCGCUUGGGGGCUGCUCUUUGCCUUGGCUGUGGUGAAGCAGAUGGAAAUCACGGCCGAGCUGAAGCUCUUGAAGGCAAACUACUCAGAGAAUGAAGCCAAUGUGUGGCAGGAGCUGUCGGAGAUGCAACGGGAGCAGACACGGAUGCGGAGCAGGAUGCACAACUACUACGAGGAGCUGCAGGACAUCGCGGCGUUGAUCUGCAGAUCCGUGCAGGACAACCGGAAGUGCUGGGCCGGUUGGAGGAUCUUCGAGCAGAGCUGCUAUUCCUUCUCAACGAAGCCCAUGAGCUGGUGGGACGCGAACAAGACAUGCGCUGAGCAAGGGGCUCAUUUGGUCUUCAUCAACUCGGAGAUGGAGCAGAACUUCCUGAAGGACAACAUCAACACCAGCACCACGUACUGGUUGGGAGUGACGGAUCAGCAGGAGGAAGGCACCUGGCUCUGGACCAAUGGCGAACGUCCAAGUAUCAGCUACUGGAACACAUGGAAGGAGAGCAAAGACAAAGACCAGAAGGACUGCGGCACCAUCGGGCCCGAUGGCAUCUGGAAUGCCGAGAGGUGCUCCCAUUCCAGCCGCUGGAUUUGUGAGAAGUCCUGGAAUUGCUGACUUUCCCCCCAUUCCCAGCCCAUUUUCCAGGACAAAAGGUACAUUCCGCACUGGAGCUGGAUGGAUUUUGUGCCUCGGGAGGCUCCACAUUCCCACUUUUUGCCUGCUCCUGACGUUCGAUCCCUAAAGGAAACCCAGCACAACCCCAUUGACCCUCAAGCUCCCAACCUGACCAUAAUCCAUAGGGAAAAAAUGGGAUUUUCAGCUAAAAUGACUCUCAGAUGGUUAAAUCCCAUUCCCCAGCCCCAGAUCCAUCCUGUUCCCGGUGGGGCUGCUUCCUCAUUCCCAGAAAACAGCAUUUCAGUAAAAUCCUAGGUUUUUUCCCACUUUCCACGUA